CCCUUACCAACUUCCUACACACCUGCGCGCUGACCAUAGCAACUAUAACAACUUAUUUUGCCUGCUUUACAUACAUUUAAAUUUCAUAAACAUCACAUUCUUGGAAAAAUUUCAUAAAACAAUAAAAUGGGACAGGCUCUGACCAGAGCAGCACAGUGGACCUCAGCCAAAGGCGGGUCUGGUGGGAAAUUAGAAUACACAAAAAUAAAUGAGGAACUUCUAAACAGUAUCAUAGCUUUCGUAGAUGGAUUCAGCGCUAAGUAUCCAGAAGAAUCAAAACUUGUUUUUAAAAAACCAUUAACAUGGCAGUCAUCUUUAAAACCAAACAUGAUAAAAGGCCCAGGAAUGACAGACAGAGGAGAAGAUCUUGUAUCAGAAGAAACUGCAGGAAAAGAUCAGCCUUUAUUUUGCCUACAGAAACAUGAUCAAAUGACAUACAAUGUCAGUGUCAUGACAAUGCACCACGCGGAGGAAGUGAUGAGAGCUGCUGGGGAUAAGAAAAUGCAUGAAGUUAGAGCUUGUUUAGAAGCCAACAGGGAUCCAGUUGCCAACAUGCUUGGAGACAGAUUUGCCACAGUUGAAGGAGAUGACAACUCUAUUUUCCGAUACAUGGAAGAAAUUGCCAAAGAGCAGGAAAUAUUAGCUAAACAAAGUGCUGAAGAAAGAAACGAAGAUAGACAAGCAGAAAUUGAAGAAAUGAAAAGUGUAUUGAAAUUGAGACUAUGUCUUCAGCGAUUAGAUCAACAGCUCAUGGACCAGAGCAUCACUAUAAUUUCAAAAGAAGUCAGACUUACACCAGUAACUGUAGAUGGAGAAGUUAGCAUCUUGAAAGAACUUUGUGGACACGAGGAUGACAACACAGUUUUGGAAAAAUUGGAUUACUGGGGUGACAACUAUGUUUUCAAGAACGGCUGCAGAGCUCAACCAAAGAGACAACUCCAUGGAGAUAUUUGUUAUCUAGAAGUCAAACCACAUGAUGGACAAAACUUCUAUGUCACUGCCAACACAAGUGGUUACUACUGCAAUAAGGGUCCAGAUAACCAAGGAGAUAUAGACUAUGAAAAAGAAGGAGAUUCAUACAGAGAACUUGUUACCUUACUGAAAGAUAAAAGUCCAAAGUUUGCUGAAAUGAUUGAUAAACAAGAUUUUGCACUAAAACAACAUGACAAACAUGACAAAUACAUGGAUGUAAGAGUUGAACAGCAGGAUGAUGAUGAUGCAAAUGAAACAUACAGAUCUGAGGCACCAAGAGGGGGUAGACAAAAAACAAUGGACGACCAGGAUAAAGAUAAACAAAAAUCAAAAUCACAGAAAAAAAAGAAGUUAGAACCAUCACUGAAAUGGAGAGCUCUUGGAAUGGAGGAAUAUAGUGCAGAGAAAAUGGAUAGAGAGAAGAGAGUAUUAAAGAAAAAGAAAACAACACAAAGAAUGAAAUCCAAAACUCCAGUUGAUAAUGAGGACUCAUUCAGUGAAAGUUCUACAGAGAGUGAAGAGGAAGAAGAGGCAGUGGAAAGGAGAAGUGAAACAAAUGCUGAUCUGCCAUCAGAAUACUGGCAAAUACAGAAACUGGUUAAAUAUCUCAAGGGAGGAAACCAAACAGCUACCAUUAUUGCUUUGUGUUCAAUGAGAGAUUUCAACCUGGCUCAGGAGACAUGUCAGCUGGCUAUCAGAGAUGUUGGUGGUCUAGAGGUCCUCAUCAACCUGUUGGAUACAGAGGAAAUCAAAUGCAAGAUUGGAGCUUUGAAAAUCUUGAAAGAAAUUUCACGCAAUACCCAGAUCAGAAGAGCUAUUGCUGACUUGGGAGGUUUACAGACUAUGGUGAAAAUAUUACGAGAGCAUGACAAGGAACUUAAAUGUUUAGCUGCAGAGACAAUCGCUAAUGUUGCUAAAUUCAGGAGAGCUAGACGUACAGUUAGACAACAUGGUGGAAUUAAAAAAUUGGUUGGACUAUUAGACUGUGGAAGUGUGAACCCUUCCACAAUGAAUCCUGAAAUUGAACGAGACGUAGAAGUAGCCCGCUGUGGUGCUUUAGCUCUCUGGAGCUGUAGUAAGAGCAGGAAGAACAAAGAAGCCAUGAGAAAAGCUGGCGCUAUCCCACUGUUAGCUAAACUACUCAAAUCUACACAUGAAGAAAUGUUGAUUCCAGUAGUUGGAACAUUGCAAGAAUGUUCUUCUGAGCAAAAUUACAGAUUAGCUAUUAGAACAGAAGGAAUGGUACAGGAUCUGGUUAAAAAUUUAAACAGUAGUACAGAUGAAUUACAGAUGCAUUGUGCAGCAGCUAUCUUCAAGUGUGCAGAAGAAAAAGAAACCAGAGAUUUAGUUAGAUUGUAUGGUGGAUUAGAUCCUUUAGUGAAAUUAUUAGAAAAAACUGAAAAUAAAGAACUUUUAGCUGCAGCCACUGGGGCUAUCUGGAAAUGUGCUAUAAGUCCAGAAAAUGUUCAGAGAUUUCAGGAGUUAAAAGCAGUUGACAGACUUGUAGCAUUAUUAAAUAAUCAACCUGAAGAGGUAUUAGUUAAUGUUGUUGGAGCAUUAGGUGAACUGGCCAAAGAUCCUCCUAACAGAGCUCAGAUAAGAAAAGCUGGAGGAAUAUCUCCAUUAGUUAAUCUAUUAACAGGAACAAACCAAUCAUUAUUAGUCAACGUAACAACAGCAGUAGGCCAGUGUGCAGAAGAACAAGAUAAUAUGGCGAUCAUAGACAAAUUAGAUGGUGUGCGAUUACUUUGGUCCUUACUUAAAAACCAGAAUCCAGAGGUCCAAGCCAGUGCUGCAUGGGCUAUAUGUCCUUGUAUAGAAAAUGCAAAGGAUGCAGGUGAAAUGGUUCGAUCAUUUGUGGGUGGUUUAGAACUGAUAGUUAGUUUAUUAAAAUCAGAACAUAAAGAAGUAUUAGCAAGUGUUUGUGCAGCUAUAGCGAAUAUUGCCAAAGAUGAAGAGAAUUUAGCAGUUAUAACAGAUCAUGGUGUGGUUCCAAUGUUAGCAAGAUUAACAAAUACUUUUGCAUGGAGAGGUGUAAGAACUAAUUCUGAGACUGAUGAUAGAUUGAGGAGGCAUUUAGCAGAAGCUAUAGCACGGUGCUGUAACUGGGGCAACAACAGAACAGCGUUUGGACGAGAAGGUGCCGUCGCCCCUCUAGUUAAAUAUUUGAAAUCCACAGAUGAGAACGUUCACCGAUCAACAGCCAAAGCUUUGUUCCAGUUAUCCAAAAAUCCUGAAAAUUGUAUAACAAUGCAUGAAGCUGGAGUCGUUAAGCCUUUAAUAAAAAUGGUCGGAGCACAGGAUGAAGAAUUACAGGAAGCUUCGGCUGGUUGUAUAGGAAACAUCAGAAGACUGGCACUGGCCAAUGAAAAAGCUCGAUAUUCAUAGUGCAAGACUGUUUAACCAAUGGACAACAAUUUUACAUGACAAAUCUGUGAUAUUUUGGGGAAAAAAGAAUAUUGUACUGCCUAAUAUUAUAAAGAUACAUUUUGAGAUGUUUUGGCAAUAUUUGAAUUUAAUGUUAUUUCAGGCAAAUAAAUAUGUAAUUUUAAAGAAGUGCUGAUUUUGGUGAUAAAUUGUAAUGGGGGGAAGGGAUGGAAAAGGGGGUUACAUCAGUGUACAUGUAUUUCAUUUUGCAAUAUUUAUUUAAUUUAACAUAUAAGUUAUCAGUAGAACAAUUAAAAUCUUUAAAAUUCAGUUAAUAAUAAAUUAUAAUUGAACAACACACAAUGACAAUAAAAUUCUGUUUUAAGUAGAAUAUCAAUUAAUUACAAUAACAUUUUGUUAUCAAUAGAACAACUGUAGAUAGAUACCAAAAGAACAAAUUUAUAAAGUUCAGUAACCAGUAUUAGAAGAACAGUACAUAGAUUCAAUUAUUUAAAACCUUUUUCAUUGAAAUAUAAUUAUCAAAAAUAAUAAUUCUAUUGCAUUAAAUAUUAUAUUUCAAAUGUUAUGCAAAUACUGAAUGAUUUUUAAUAGCAUUGAAGACUUGAUACAGUGAGAACAAAUGGCAACGUUAAUUUUGAGAAAUGCAUUUAAUAGAUUAUUUCUUUCAGUAUUUUAAAACUAUUACAGGUAGAACGUUUGUUUUUAUAAUGUAUGAUUUUUUUUUCUGUAAUGAUCUAUAGAUUAAAUUAUUUAAGUUUCCUUUAGUUGAAAUAUUUAUUUGUAUUAAGGUGGUAGACCUAGGUAAAGGGAAAUAACUCUUAAAAUCAUCCGUACGUUUGUGUCAGCCAUUGUCAUAAAUACGUUCUAAGCUUCUAUGAUACAUAGAUUAUUUCCAAUCUGUUUCAGGUAAAUGCUUAAAAUACAUUUAUAAAUCUUGACUAUUACAAACGCAUCACUGAAUUAAAGAGUUAUCUCCCUGGACCAAGGUCUACCCCCUUAAUUGUAAAUUUCAACUAGGUGUAUUAUUAAGUAUGACAUUCCGUCCUUUGAAAAGAUGCAGCUCGAGAAAACAAAUUUUUAUUAACGUUUUUAUUGUAAUUUAUAUUCCAUUUUGUUUUGACUGUAAGAAAAAAA